AUCAUUUCCACUCAAGAAAAAUUACCAAAACUUGGUAAACCGAAAAAUGGACACAUUCCUACUCCUAACCCUUCUCCUACUAAAUCGUCAGAAAUGAAACUUCAUCAUAAUUCUGGUGAUACAAGCCAUUUUCGUGUAGUAUCUUCUGGUGGUCCUGCUACUCAAAUACGAUGGCGAAGCAUUUCCGUUGGUGGUGGCCCUACACCUACCCAAGCCGGUGAUAUCCCUUCCCCCCAACAAUCUGUCACUUCAACUACUUCUCCUCCUCACAAAAAUAUUCCUCCUUCAAGACGAAAACAAAAUUCUGAUCCUUCUGCUUUAGGAUUCGAUACUUUUCGUCUUUCAAAUAAACGUGGUCAACAAAAACAAGAUAGACCUCAAUCUCCAAAUGCUAAUUGGUCAUGGUCUCAAAAUAACAAUUUAUCAAAUAGCAAUAUUGGUACUCAAGAUAGUAAUAAUCCUGGUUUUUCUUAUUCCGAACUUUUAUUGCCUCCUAAUACUGUAUCAAGUGAUCCGAAAGAAACUAUCAACCUAUAUCAAGAAAGAUUGGUUAAGGCUGUUGGAAUGUUGGAAGAUAGUCAGCGUAAAAUUGAAAUGUUGGAAAAUGUUGUUCGCCAAAGAGAAGAUGAAGUUAGGAAACGAGUUGUUAGGCGUCUUAAAGAUGAUGUUGCUUCU